AUGCAAUCAACUAUUGAACAAGAUAUACAAUUAAAAGAGAAUAUCUUUCAUGAAAAUCGUCAAUUAUUUAAUUUGGUAACUGGGUUUUGGAGAUCGAUGGCUAUACAAAUGGCUGCAAAGUUUGAUAUUGCCAGAUACCUAGCCAAUGGUAAACAAUCGUCACAAUGGAUAUCUCACCAAGUAGGUCUUCAUGAUGAAACACUGUUCCGUGUCAUGAGAGCACUUGCUGUUUCUGGAGUGUUUAUCGAUGAAGGAAAUGGAGAGUUUUCAAACUCAUCACUCUCGUCCUUGUUGCUCGACACUAACACUAGAAACAUUGUCUUGUUGGAAUCAAACCCUCUCCAAUUCAAAGUAUGGCUAAAAUCUGAAGACUACUUGAUGAAAGGUUAUAGUACUACAUCUGGUCAAGAAUACUGGAAUGAAUUGGUCAGCAACCCAGAUUAUGAAACUUUAUUUGCCAAUGCAAUGCAUGGUCUUACUAGACCAAGUUUUGUAAAACGUUCUGAUUUCUCUGCUUUUGAAACGGUUUGUGAUGUUGGUGGUUCACAAGGAUGGUUUAUGGAAGAAAUAUUAAAAAAUAAUUCAAAUAUUAAAGUUGGCAUUAAUUUUGAUCUACCAAGUGUAAUUGAAUUAAAACAAAAACAAAGACCAAACAAUGAUGCAAGAGCAAAAGAUGUUUCAGGGAGUUUCUUUGAAAGUGUUCCAGAAGCAGAUUGUUACACAAUGAAAAGAAUAAUGCACGAUUGGAACCAAAAUGAUGCUUCUAAAAUCCUACAAACCAUUUCAAAAGCCAUUAAACCAAAUGGAAAAGUAUACAUUUACGAUUUCAUUGUUGACAAGAGUAACAAAAUGUAUGAUGUUUCAGUUUGGUAUGACCUUCAUAUGUUAAAUGUUGGAGGUGGAAAGGAGAGAACAGAACAAGAAUGGAAAGAGCUUGCAUCUUUAUCUGGUUUCAUAAUUGAUGAAUUUAAAUUUGGUGAACUCAUUAUUCUUUCUAAAAAAUAA